AUGACGCCGGGUCACCUUCUCUCCAACAUGCCGCUCAUGGCCUCGGGCUUCCGGCUUCAAGCCCGCGCGGCCAGUCCAGCCGGACCAACCACAUGGGUAUGCCGCCGGUGCAUGUCACAACAACCAACAGCAUCAUCGAAACAACUACCACCAGCAGCGGCCGGUCCCGAAUCGUCAAAGCCCCCAUUAGGCCAAGAGACAAACAAGGCCCAAGAGCCUCAUCACUCACCCUCACAUCCGCACUCAUCAGGACAACCAGACCUCAACUCCAUAUUCGCCAACCCAACCUGGUCGGUUCAGUCCCUGCUCCCCUCGUCACCACCCUCAUCAGAAGAGAUCACCGCUGCCACCCUACACCACCUCCUGCGGCUGUCCGCCCUCCCGCCCCCAAGGACGUCCGUCGAGAAGGACCGCAUGCUCGGGACCCUUCGGGCCCAGCUGCACUUUGUGCGCGACAUUCAGUCCGUCGACACCCGCGGCGUGGAGCCCCUGCGCAGCAUUCGGGACGAGACCUCCGCGGGCAUGGCCGAGUCGACCGUCACCCUGGACACUCUGCGGGAGGCACUGUCCCGGGAGACUGCGGUCGGUUACAGGCGGAGACCGCGGAGGGUCAGGGAUGCCAAAGCAGAGGGACUGUCCGAGGAGGAGAGGCUCGUUGAAGCUGCGACGAGGGAGAGAAGAGAGAAAAGGUACUUCGUCGUUGCUAGUAGCAAGGGAAGCGAGAAGGGGGAAUGA